AUGCUGGCGAGCGAGCCGCAGGCAGCCGUGUCAGCAACAGCAACGAUGGAGGGCAGCCAAAGUCAACUUUCGGCAACGCCACUAGUGUCGACUGUCACGUCCUGGUACUCGUGUGCUCUAGGUGCUCUCCGCGUGACCGACGGAUCUGAGGAGUCCAGACUUGGCCGAAUCACUGAUAUAGGUCCACUUGCUCCGAACGGCCCAUCACUACAAGCUACCGAUGGGAGUCGAGAAUCAGACGAAAUCCGCAUGGCGCCUGAUGAAUUGGAGCAGUCUCUGAGCAUGAUCAAGGCUCCAAUCCGACACCUUAUGGUCAAGGAAAGAUACGUUGGCCCGAGCCAUUGGAUGCAGACAGUCCUUCUGCUCCCUGACACAAUGGCUUGGUUUAACAAAUCCAAUCUCUCGAGCUCUCCCAUCCAUGCUUUGCUAUCACAUUGCAAGUCUCUAGCCGACCGCUUGGAACGCCAACAACAUCCCGAGGUUUUUGAUGGAAGUUACGGCAAACAUAUGCCAACGAUAGACAUUGCAGACAGACUUGUAAGGCUCUACCUGGACAAUUUUGAGUCACUUCAUCGGAUUGUUCACAAACCAACCUUCGAGGGGUACUACACUCUGUACUGGCUAGACAGGAACAGAGUGAGCACCCCUAUGCUCCUCCAGAUACAGCUAUGCCUCGCUCUUGGCGCUUGCGUCUUUGACGACAGAUUCUCGUUGCGGUCUUCAGCGUUGCAAUACAUCGAUGAAGCCAAAACAUGGCUGACCCAGCCCGAAAACUCACGACCUGACAUCGAAAGACUGCAGUUGUUGUGCUUGCUGCAACUGGCACGACAAAAUAUCUGUUCCUUACAGGAGGAUGUAGCCUGGAUCUCGGCUGGCGAGCUCCAUCGAACAGCCCUCUGCAUCGGGCUACACCUUGAUCCUGCCUCCUUACCGAAUCUCUCUCCGUACCAGUCAGAGAUGCGUCGCCGUCUCUGGGCAACGGUCCUUGACAUCCAACUCCAAUCAAGUCUAGAUAGUGGUAAUCUGCCGUUGGUCACGCUCGCACAGGCUUCUUGCUGUCUGCCAUCCAACUUGGACGAUGCAAAGCUGCACAAAACAGACAACGAGCUCCCGAUUUCCCUGCCGCGGGAGACCAUGUCCGACACGUCACUUCAAAUCGCGAUAGGACGUUCAUUUGGCGUGCGACUGCGAAUAGUCGACAUGGCCAAUAGGACCAACUCGGAGCCCAACUACAAAGAGAUACUGCAUGCGACCUCUGAACUCAACGACGCCUACCGAGCUUUGACGACCACUCUGUCUUCGUACGGAUCCAAGCUAUCUCUUUUCCACCGUCUUCUGUGCGAGACUUUUUUACAGCCAUAUUUUCUAGCACUCCAUGUUCCAUAUAUGCGCAUUGCUUUCAGGGACCCAAUCUUUCACUUUUCGCGUGAGCUUUGCGUCAAAAGAGCACUUGAUCUAUCUCACGCAGCCUUCGCUUCACAAUCCCUAGAUAAUCCCGAUCUGAUGAGCCUGCGUACAGUAGCAGACAUGGACCCGCCAUGCAUCGAAUACACGCGACUGUCCACCUGUGGAUCAGGACCUUUCCGUUCGAUACAGAUCCAAAACAACUACAUCAUCGCAGCAGAGCUCCUUGCCACCUCCCAAGAAGAGAAUCACUUUGCUUCUGUGAAAGCCACACGACAGACCCUGGCUCAAAGACAAGACGGCCAGAGCCUUCGUGAGGUUGAACUUCAUGCAUUGGUGACUUCUGCUGUCAAAUGGGCAGAGAACAGGCUUCUUGCUGGAGAGACCAAUGUAAAGGACUAUCUGUUUCACGUGGUGGCUCUGGCACAAGUCAAAACCGCGAAAGGUAGCCAAGCGUCUACAGACAUCAAGACGGCCAAGGGUGCGGAUGCCUUGAGAUGUGCUUCCAAAAUUCUGCAAAACAGAAUCCUUGAUGACAGGCCACCAACGUUCGACGUGCCAGUCGACGAUGAAGGGCUUGCUAGUUUGUGGUACACUUGGCAAGAGAGCUCGGAGGAUGCCUUGUGGGAGUUCGUGUCAAUGUGA